AUAUUUCUUCAUAACCCUUUACACCUUUAUUCUCUCCUCUCCUCUCAUUUUCCAUAUUGAAACUUUGAAACUAAAAUGGAACCAGCUCCACCCUCAUUGGAGCUAGACCUUGACAACCUUAAAGCACUCAAAAUCCUAGGCAAAGGUGCCAUGGGCACUGUCUUCCUCAUCCACAACUCCACCGCCACAUCAACCACCACAACCGCCACAACAUUGGCCCUCAAAGUCGUCGACAAAACCUCCAUCCACGCCAAACUCGACGCCGUACGCCGCGCCCGUUGGGAAAUCCAAGUCCUCUCAUCCCUCUCCCAUCCAUUCCUCCCUUCCAUUCUUGGAACAUACGAGUCCCCACAAUUCUUAGCGUGGGCCCUACCUUAUUGUCCUGGUGGUGACCUUAAUGUCCUCCGUUACCAUCAAAACGACCGCGUUUUCUCUCCAUGUGUCAUUCGUUUCUAUAUAGCUGAAAUCCUCUGCGCUCUCGACCACCUUCAUUCCAUGGGCAUCGCUUAUCGUGACUUAAAACCCGAAAAUGUCCUCAUUCAACAUUCCGGCCACGUCACGUUAACCGAUUUUGAUCUCUCUCGAAAACUUAACCCAAAAACCGUUACAAAUAAUAAUAAUAAUAAAACCGUUGAUCCUAAUUUACCUUCACAUGAUAGAAAUCUUCCAGAAUCUUCUAGAAAACACCGACGGAAUUUCUCACGGUGGAUCCCUCUUUCGUCGGAAACUUCUCAUCAAAUUCAGCACAAGAUGAAUGGUUUGAAUUUGAAGAAAGCGAAAUCAGCACGAGUUAGUCCGGUGAGUCGUCGGAAAACGAGUUUCUCAAACGGUGAACGAUCUAACUCGUUUGUUGGAACGGAGGAGUAUGUUUCGCCGGAGGUUGUUCGUGGUGACGGUCAUGAAUUUGCUGUUGAUUGGUGGGCGUUAGGGAUUCUUAUGUACGAAAUGAUGUACGGUACGACGCCGUUUAAGGGGAAGAAUAGGAAGGAAACGUUUAAAAAUGUUCUGACGAAGUCGCCGGAGUUUGUUGGAAAACGGUCGGAGUUGACGGAUUUGAUAGAGAAGUUGUUGGCGAAGAAUCCGACGAAGAGAUUGGGUUAUUCGCGUGGUGCUGUUGAGAUCAAAGAGCAUGGGUUUUUCAGAGGGGUUAAUUGGGAAAUGUUGUUGGAGGUGAUGCGGCCGCCAUUUAUUCCGGCGAGAGAUGACGGUAACGUAGAAUUGUCGUCGGAGAAGUAUUCCAAUGGCGGGGUGGAUAUUAAGGAGUAUUUUCAGCGGUUGAAAACGCCGCAGUCGUUGCAUCCUUCGCCGUUAAUGUCGCCGUCUCCCAAUAGGUUUAACAAGAAAAAUGUUUCGUUAACGGAAUUCUGAUGCACGUGUAAGAGUUAGUUAUUUUUUAUUUUUUUUUUUAGAAUUAUUAUUGUAAUAAUUGUAAUUUCUAUGCACAUAGAAUAAUGGUAGAUCGUGAAAAAAGGGAAAAGCAAAAUUAGUUGGUUUAUGCUUUAAAGUUUGAACUAUGGCAAUGGCAAUAUCAUAUGUACAUGUGUAAUCAAGACUUGUAGAAAUCUAGUAUGGAUAGUUCAAUCUUUUGCUUCUAGAUUAGACAUUACUUAACUCUGUUUAAAAUUUGAGUUAAUGAUUGCAUUGUUGCUCUUUUUUUUUUUUAUUGGAAUAGAAAUGUAAUUAACACAAAGUCACAUGGAAAAUGAUUCUCUUAUGUCACACGAGAGUUCAAUUAA